AUUUCGACAAAAACAAACAAACAGACGAGCAUUGCUCACAUAUUACUAUUUUAUUUGCAAGUUUCCAAAAAAAAAUUUUUUUGCUGUUUUGCUUGUUGUUGUUGCCGUUGUUGUCAACUGAACUAAAUUAAACAAUGAGAUAUAAAAAUUUAGAUAUUUCAAUCUUAUCAAUAGUCUAUCGGUUAAUUUCAUCUUUAACUCUACUUUUACUAUUUAUGAUACAAACAAAAGGAUAUGUUGCGUCCAAUAAUGGAGUUCUAAUACAAGGUUUGAAGUUCACUGAACCAUGUCCAGAACGUGGCUACGAUUUUAAUGAUCCUACUGGAAAUUUUAUGUGUGUAGUACCAACACCAAAAAAAUGUUUUAAUUUAUGCCAAAAUAUGGGUUGUACAGAAUGGAAUCAUAUGAAUUUAAUACCAUCAGGAAGUGAAGAAAUUAAACGAUAUCAUAGAUGUCGAUGUUUUCCUGAAUAUAAUAUGUGUUUUUAUAAUUAUGUACCUAAAAUACAUCGUAAUUUUGAUUAAUUGUAUUCUUCUCUCUCUCUCCCUCUCUCCUUCCCCUUCUCUCUCCUCCCUCCUCUCUUUCCCCUUCCCUCCCUCCUUCUCUCUCUAAUAUAUAUAUAACUUCAGAUAUCCAUUUAAUGAAACAUAUCCACACGGCUCAUACACAAAUUAAAGACUAACACAAACUUGUAUAAUAACUAUUCAAUGCUCAAAAAUGUACAAUAAUAUUUUCUUCUUUUUUUUUCUUUUUUGUUUUGAACUCAGGUCAGUUUUUGUUUCUAUACAUAUAUACUACUCAUUAUUCCUAUUUAUUUCGUUAUAUAACACAUGAACUAUUUAUAAAUAAAUGUGAAUUAAUAAUAUAAAUUUAAAGUAAUUCA